CACUUCGGAGAACUCCAACCCGUGCAUGACUGAAGAGAGACUUCACAGAAGUAGGCCGGCCAAUGAUCCGUCGUUCACCCUCAACCAAUAACCACGUGAAAUUGUAGGGGCAGACUGCCAGAAGCCAAUCCAACCUCGCAGCCCAAGCACGUGAUCAAUGUUUUUCUGUUUUUACUUCACGGGAAGCAUUCUUACCGCAAUGACCUAGCUAGCUAGCCCACAAACGUUUGACAGAAGCUGUGAGUUUGAAUCGACUUUACCAUAUUUUGGUAAAUGGAUGCAAUUAAACACAUAUACAUUUUCUGAUGUUUGGUUUAGUUGAAAUGACACAAUGAUGUUCGUGGUUACAAGAACACCACAGCCUGUACUGCCCACAAAAGAUCAUGAGACAUGACCGUUAGAUGGGUUCUGGAUACCUGUGUGUUUUCUCUAAACAGGGCUGUCCACUUGGGGCAUACACAAGGCCAGAGGCCCCUGACCAUUGUAAUUUCCGCUGCUCUAAACCCAUUUCACAAGCCUCAUGCAAAAUGCCACUUUGGCCACAGAGCUAGCCGUCUAAGCUGGAUGCACACUCCGAUCCUGAAAAGCCGAGUAUGCAAGGGAUGGUUGUGCAAAGCUAGCUCUCUCAGACAGAGACUUGGUCUGUACCCCUGCAUCACCCACUUCAGCACGUCCAGAUUCAGCGGAUCCGCCGAUCUGAGUCACCGCAUGUCACGCCUAAGGACCACUUUGGAGUCAGUCUCAAAAGCAGUGAGCGGGACCCAGUCGGACCUCCUUGCCAAGAUAGCACGGCGCAAACCCGCCCAAGAGGGUAAGGAUGUCCGGUCCAGUCAAGAGGCACCGGUGGAAGAGAAGGGGAGCGUAGCAUCCACCGCUGCCGCCUCUGUCCCCCCAGCCUCCGCCGCGCUGCCCCCUCAACCGGCUGUCACAGUUGCUGCUGCAGUUGACCACGAAGUGGAGGAAAAGAGGCCAAAGCCUCCAGGAGAUUCAACCGCUCAAGCUAAAACAAAUCAAAGGCCUCCUCCUCGCAAUGCAGACAUCAGCUCCAAGAGCAAGGUUGCCCCUAAACCAGCCACUCCACUUUUUCAUCCUGGAACUUUUGCAGUCAAUUUGGACGAUACCUACAACUAUGUAGCCCAUCAUAUCAACGCAUACUUUGGUAGCGCCACGAAGGGAGCAACAGACACUGAAGAAAAGCAGCUUCAACUUGGAGAUGGCAUUAGCCAACCUACUACUGAGGAGCCAGACCAAAACAAGGACCACACAGCAUCACCUCUAUCUCCCAGCCAAACCAGUCUCGCCUCUCCAAGCACCCCUCCCUCUCCAAGCACCCCUCCCUCGCCAAAGAAGGGUCUGAGCCACUACCUGUCCUAUUCGGCACCUUCGGUUCAAGCCUUUGUGGGGAAUUACAUUGCCCCCCUUGUUCCUAAGUUUCGCACAGAGGCAAAAGCCGUUGAAGCUGAGAAGGACGUUGCCCCUAAAGUAGAUGUUGUUAAAGAGAAGAAAAUGGUUGAGAACAAGGAACAGAAGGCUGCUGAAGAAAAGGCCAAAAGGCUUCUCUUGCAGAGAGAGAGGAUCAUUGCCAGGGUGAGCGUGGACAAUCGGACCAGAGCACUAGUUCGGGCUUUGCACCGAGCGACCGAUGUACGAAUCUACAUCAGCCGGGUGGAGGACCUCAACUACCACCUGAUGGAGUUUCCAGAGACCAGAGUAGUGGCAGUUAAGGAGAAGGCCAUCCCGUGCUUGCUCCGCCUCCGUCAGGCCACUGACCCCGCCCUGCAGGCCUCCGUCAGGCAGGCCCUGGCAUUGGUCGGCUACAUUGACCCGGUUAAGGGGCGGGGCAUACGCGUGCUGUCCAUCGAUGGAGGGGGCACAAGGGGGCUCAUUGCCCUGCAGACGUUACUCAGACUGGAAGCCCUCACAGGGAAACCCAUUUACCAGCUGUUUGAUUACAUCUGUGGUGUCAGCACAGGUGCUAUCCUGGGCUUUUUGCUGGCUGUGGUUCAGAUGCCACUGAGCGAAUGUGAGGAACUCUACAGGAAGCUGGGUUCUGAUGUCUUCAAACAAAAUGUCAUAGUGGGAACGGGGAAGAUGGUCUGGAGUCAUGCGUUCUAUGACAGUGAGAUCUGGGAGAACAUCCUCAAAGAAAAACUGGGUUUGGAUCUCAUGGUGGAAACGGCAAGGAGCCCUGACUGCCCAAAGUUGUCAGCAGUGAGCACUGUGGUUAAUCGCGGGACCCCCCUGAAGGCGUAUGUGUUCCGGAACUACAGCAUGCCCCCAGGCGUCCGCUCCCACUACCGAGGGGGCUGCCAGUACAAGCUGUGGCAAGCUAUCCGCGCCUCGUCCGCCGCGCCGGGCUACUUCCAGGAGUUUGGCCUGGGUGGAGAUCUACAUCAGGAUGGAGGGCUGCUGAUCAACAACCCCACCGCCCUGGCCAUCCAUGAGUGCAGAUGCCUCUGGCCCAAGACCCCGCUGCAGUGCGUCGUCUCCCUGGGCACCGGGCGCUUCGAGACGGUGGGCAAGAACAACGCCACCCAAACCAGCCUCAAGACCAAGCUCACCAACAUCAUCAGCAGCGCCACCGACACUGAAGAGGUGCACACCAUGCUGGACGAGCUGCUUCCGGCCAACACCUACUUCCGCUUCAACCCGCACAUGCCCGAGGAGAUCAGCCUGGACGAGAGCCGGCAGGAGAAGCUGAGCCUGCUGCAAGCCGAGGGCCUGCGCUACCUGGAGCGCAACGAGGAGAAGCUCUGCAAGGCCGCCCGCUUCCUCACGCGGGACAAGAGUCCCGCGCAGCGCCUCGCCGACUGGGCCAAGCUCAAGGUGGACAUGUACGACCACGUGCCCUUCUCUAGACUCUAGAACCUUCUCUGGAUUGUUUUACCCCACCUCAACCACCACCUCCAGCCAUAAUAGCCCCUCACUGAGCAUGAUCACACACACACUACACAGUCCCCAUAGUCUAAGCUGAAAUCUAGCAUUAAUAGGAUGUAACGCAUGCCAUCUUUAUGUUGGCUACACUGCACUGAGCUAAAGAUGGGUCUCCCGGACCCACUACAAAGACUCUUAGCGGUGCAGUGCAAAGCUAUCUUUACCUUAGCAGGUAGUGUAUUUAUGUGUUCAUUAUUUCAACUCGAGCGAGUUGCUAGCUAAUUGAACCUGAGCAGCUGUGGCGUCCUCAUUACAGUGUCCGAGUACUACGAUCCCACUUGGGGGGGGGGGGGGGUUUGCUGCAGAUAUGGAUGGACUUGAAUUUCAAAGGCAGCUGCAGAGGAGGAUGCUGCUGCAGCAGCUUUACUGGCUGCACAUGUUCCACUGAGGUGCUCCUUGAACUGCACAUAGAUGUGGUGUUAACAACUGAACUGUAUCGAGGUGCUGUCAAGAGAAGUGCCAAGUAAGCACUUAUUUUUUUAAAGCAUUCUUAUUUGAAGUACAUAACCACAACCACUAUCACCUCGGCCCAUAUUUAUUCAUCGUUUGAUUUUAGAGUGGGAGAAUAGGACUAGCUGCAGAUGCUUGUUUUAGAUGAUGAUGCGUCAAAUAUUUACUUGAACACUGUCAGUUUUAUCGACACGAUUUAAAGUUAAAGGAAGGUCGUCAGGAGGACAUGAUUUUACUUGAUUGCGUCUGAGGAUGCAUGUAAUGUGUGGACUUGACGUCUCCUAAAUCCUUGGGCUCAACCAAAGAUGAUGGAAUGCUGUGCUUACAGUUCACUCAUUUCAACGUGAUUAAUUCCACUUUAUGUUUGCUAAAUAAAUUAAUGAUCUGAUACAAUACACUGUCAAAGUGGAAGAGAUUUAACCGCUCAAACAAUUUUCACAUGCAAUAUGUGCAUGCGUUUCUUUUAGCAGAAGAAAUAGAAGUGUAGGUGGCAUGCCGUGAUAAGAGCUCGGAGUUGACCCAUUGCUAUAUUUGCUUUAUGUGGUUUUAGAUUUGCGCAGUUCAGAUAAGAUUGAACAAGGAUCGGCUAUAACAGGGAUUGCUGUGUCCACCCACAGUAUUGGAGAUUUCUAUAGAGAGAAGGCAUGAUGCACUGACUCCAUUAUUAGUGUCCAUCGUGUUCAUUGACUGCAAUAAUCAUAGAAAUAAUAGUUUCAAAACCAAGUUGUGAUCAUUUGCAGAUAUUUAUUGUUAGUGCUUCUAGUAGUCUAGAUUUCUGAAUAGCAAAAGUUAGUGCUUUCCUGACUACAUUUUUGGAUGUUUUGGUUUUGGGUGCAAUACAUUUGAAUAGAGAAUUCACUGUAGAUAAAUCUUAGGGAACAUUAAGCAAGCACUUUUAUCCAGUGACACCUCUUGUGCCCAGAUUCUCAACCUCACCCAGUCGUGAAGUGCGUCUUUGUGUGUCCACAAGCCUCUGAGCUUUGACUGGGGUAUACGCUGCUACCUAUUGGUUUUUGGUUUUAAGAACUGUCAGGGACUGUAGCUACUCAGACUUUCAUGGAGAAAGAAAAAAGGAAAAUGCUGCACAGAAGGUUGGUGUUUUAAUAAGGAAGGACAAAGUUCUUAUUCUGAUGUGCUUCUAGUCAUGUCUUGUUGGACUGAAAGCAAUACGGUGGUGGUGAUCAUUAAAAGUUUGUUUUUAGUUUGCCAGCCAGAUUGAUUUUCCAUGCCCUUCAACCUGCCAUGUGAAGAGUGUAUCCAUUAAAAUUUUACCUUUGA